UUGCCACCCGGCUUUUAGCUCACAAGAUCCAGUCUCCGCAGGAAUGGGAAGCCAUCCAGGCCCUAACGGUGCUGGAGACCUGCAUGAAGAACUGCGGCAAGCGCUUCCACGACGAGGUGGGCAAGUUCCGCUUCCUCAAUGAGCUCAUCAAGGUGGUGUCGCCCAAGUAUCUAGGCAGCCGGACUCCCGAGAAAGUGAAGUUGAAAAUCCUGGAACUGAUGUAUAGCUGGACGCUGGGGCUGCCUCAUGAAGUGAAGAUCACAGAGGCCUAUCAGAUGCUGAAGAAACAAGGUAUUGUAAAGUGUGACCCGAAGCUGCCAGAUGAGGCUCCUUUCUCCCUGCCUCCGCCCCGGCCCAAGAACAUCAUCUUUGAUGACGAGGAAAAGUCCAAGAUGCUGGCUCGCCUGUUGAAAAGCUCCCAUCCCGAGGAUCUUCGGGCUGCCAACAAGCUCAUCAAGGAAAUGGUUCAGGAGGACCAGAAGCGAAUGGAGAAGAUCUCCAAGCGCACAAACGCCAUCGAGGAGGUAAACAACAACGUGAAGCUGCUGACAGAGAUGGUGACCAACUACAGCAAGGGGGAGACGACGGAGAGCAGCGAGGAUCUCAUGAAGGAGCUGUACCAGCGCUGCGAGCGCAUGAGGCCCAUGCUCUUCCGGCUCGCCAGCGACACAGAGGACAACGACGAGGCGCUAGCGGAAAUCCUGCAGGCCAAUGACAACCUGACCCAGGUGAUCAACCUGUACAAGCAGCUUGUGAAAGGAGAGGAGAUCAAUGGAGAGACAGUGGCCGGCCCUCUCCGAGGCAGCACCUCAGCGCUCCUGGACCUGUCGGGACUGGACAUGCCAGCACCAGGCCCCUCCUACCCAGCCUUACCCACCCUGUCGGGUGGCUCCAUGCUCCCUGUGCCUGACCCAGCCAGCUCGGUCUCCCUGCUGGAUGAUGAGCUCAUGUCUCUGGGACUGAAUGAGCCGGUUCCCGCCUCCGCCCAGGCCAUGGACAGCAGUGGCUGGAACAGUUUCCAGGAUAGCAGUGAGCCCAGCCUGCCCUCCAUCCCAAAUGCUCCAGCACCUGCCCCAGACCCUUCCCCUCUCACCAGUGGCCUGGAUGACCUGGAUCUGCUGGGGAAGACUCUGUUACAACAGUCCCUGCCUCCGGAGUCUCAGCAAGUCCGAUGGGAGAAGCAGCCGCCUCCCCGGCUAACGUUACGAGACCUCCAAAACAAGACCAGCUCUGGCACCACGGUGACUGCCCUCAGCAGCACCCCCACGCUACUCCGGGGCGUCUCGCCGAGCCCCACGGCCGCCCUGCCCCUACCCUUGGAGCAGCCUGCCCCUGCCAUGCUUCCGAGAACCACUCCCACGCCGGCUGGAGCUAUGCCACCCCCGCUGGGGCUCCCCGCUCCCACAUCCCCCCAGGAGAUCUCGCUGGCAAGCAUCACCGUGCCUCUCGAGUCCAUCAAACCGAGCAGCAUCCUCCCGGUGACCGUCUACGACCAGCAUGGCUUCCGGGUCCUUUUCCACUUCGCCCGAGACUCUCUGCCCGAGCGGCCUGAUGUGCUGGUGGUGGUGAUCUCCAUGCUUAGCACGGCUCCACUGCCCAUCCGCAACAUUGUCUUUCAGUCUGCUGUUCCCAAGGUGAUGAAGGUCAAGUUACAGCCACCCUCAGGGACAGAGCUCCCGGCAUUCAACCCCAUCGUCCACCCAACGGCCAUCACCCAAGUCCUGCUGCUCGCCAACCCGCAGAAAGAGAAAGUGAGGCUACGCUACAAGCUGACCUUUACCAUGGGGGAGCAAACCUACAAUGAAAUGGGGGACGUGGAUCAAUUCCCCCCUCCAGAGUCCUGGGGCAACCUCUAGGGUCAUGGCUACUUUGCUUUUCCUGAAUCCCAAGGAGUCCGUGUGCCUGCUGUCUGGAGUGCCCUGGGGCUGGCUCGUGGACUCUGGAACUAGCCACGGAAGGCCCGGGGCCAGAGGCAGCAUGUGUGAGGGUUGGUGGAUGAGAGCGCAGCCAAGGAAAGGAGGGUGUCGGCUCAGUGUGGGACGGGGCGCCGGGACAGAGUGAGGAGCUCUGACCACCUUCCGUGCUCUUCUAAUCCAGCCUCCCCUCCUGCUCCUCCUCUAACCCCACUUUCCCUUCAGCAGCCGGCAUAGUGAUCAGCUGAAGGCAACACUAACCAGCCCUGGCGGGGGCAGGACUCUUAAGAUCCUUCCUCUCCUGAUGUGGGGACUUUGCUGCUCCCUACCCCCGCCCGCUUCAGGCUCCCCAUUCAGUACUCCUAGCAAACUCCGCUCUGCGGGCUUGGGGGCUAAAUCUUUGGGGCUCUCCAUUUGCAGCCAUGCCCCCAAGUCAUCUCUCUCCACCCCACCAUGAUUUCCUGGUACCCAUGUUGGCAUCACCCCAAGAAACCGUGUGGAGCAAGGCGCCCUAACCUUCCUUCACUGGAGAGCAGCAUCCGUCCCUGUUGGGGGCAGGCUUCCCAGGGUCCGUGCGUGGCUUCUGCCUGAGGCCACAGCUGUGCUGAGGAAGUUGGCUGCUCUGUGGAAAGGGGGCACGGUAACGCCAGCAGGGAGUUGUUAGGUUCCUGGCUCCCAGCCACUGACUCAAGCAGUCAUGGAAGUGGCUGUGCACCCUCAGACCCUGUCCCACUGCAGGUCGAGGGGGGGGGGCAUGCCAUAUGCAAGAAGGAAUAGCAGGAAAGCAGCAUGGCCUUGGGCAGCGGUGGGGAAGAGGAGCAAGUAUUGAACAUAUCCACACCCCUGGGCUUGGCUGAGGCUGUUCCGACACAUAGGCUCCCCUCCCCACCUGCUGCAGGAGCCUGGGGCGGGAAGCAGCUAACGCCUUUCUCCCAUCUUGCUGUUUGAACUCGCCUUGGUUUGUGGGCUUUGCUUCCUUCCUCGUGUGACGAUGGGCACCAAGGGAGCCUGCGCCAGUUGCCACAAGGGACGCAGCGCCUGCAGCUGCCUGAGGAUUGCAAAGGGGGUCCUGCUGAGGGAACUCUGCUUGUUUGUAUGGGGGAAAGGGAAGGGGCAUUUCUCAGCACUGUUCCUGAAGGAGCUGACGCUGCGGGCUAGUGAUGAGGGAGCCUGGAUUCCAGAGGGCUCUUUGAAGGGAGCUGGGGUGCUCCAUCCCACUGAAUCCCCAUGCAUCGGGGAUCCCAGCAAGUCAAUCACUGUGAUGCAAAACUGGAUUUGCUGGACCAUGAUGCAGGUAUGGAGAUGAGCGGAUGGAUUAACAGGGGAGCUCUAAGCGACAUCCUACCCCACCACACCCUCACCUUGCUGAUCUGCUUGCAGGCUGCACUAACCUCUCUUUCGCUUUCCAGGCUCUGUGCCGAGAGGGCUCCCUCGAGUUGCAACUGACCUUUGCAUCAUGAGCAAAACCCCUCCUUCGAGAGGGAGCCGGCAUAGGAGCCUUGACCAGGAGUGAGGGCUGCAUGCAGAUAUCAGAGGCCAGCCAGCGGGGCUGUGCUUCCAUCCUAGGGAAUCAGAAUUGCUCUGGGGCGGCUCAGAGCCUGGUGGAACAUGGGAGUGAGAAGACAGGCUGGAGGGAAGGUCUCUGAGCUGAGGCUCUGCUGUGUCUUAUUUUCUUUUCUGGUCUCUUUCAGGGGUUUUGUAUGGAUUUUCUUUGCAGAUCUUGUUGGUUCUCGAACAGACUUGUAUAUAUUUUCGGUGCAAAUUCUGUACAUGGAAAAGGAUUUCAAAAGCCGCCCGGUGCGCGAAAUCUGCUGUAUUUAUGGGAAAUAAAGAGUGUUCUUUCCUGA